CAGUCAUGAGAAAUUAAGAAAACGCCUCCUUUUGCUUAAAUCGUUGUUUUUGUUCUUCACUCCCGGAUUAUUCCGAUUUUUAAUCUUCAUAUAUGUCUUCGUGUUAAAAAAAAAAAUGUAAAAUUUGGUGUUAAAGUGUACUGCUUAUCACUGUUCCAUCUUAUUCAAAGUACAGUCUAAAAUGGAUGAACCAGACAAAACUUCUUCCAACCAUUGCCAAAAAAAUGAAGAUCAAAAUUCUUCAGAACCGAACUCUCCCACCCUGGAAACAGUUUCUGGAUUUUCUACGUGUUCAUCACCUGUGCCUCCUGAACCAUUUGAGCCUUUAUUUUCUGCAAAAUUUUCUGGUGCUGUGGAAAAAGAUGGAGAUGUGGUGAAAUACACAAUAAAAGUAACAAAGGAAGCUGAUCAAACACAGUAUAUAAUAAACAGGCAAUAUGAAGAUUUUGAAUGGCUUGAACAUUGUUUAUUGACUUCAAAUCCUCUACCUGGUCUCAUUAUUCCUCCAUUGCCACCUAAACCUGCGAUAACAUCAGAAAUGGCUGAAGCAAAAUCUAAAAAACAGUUAGGAAAUGAUACAAAAACUCUCAUUGGAGACCAGUUCAACAAGGAUUGUUUACAACUGGAACAGUAUUUACGUCUUCUACUUUCUCAUUGCUUAUUUGGGAAAGAUGAAGCAUUAGAAAAAUUUUUAACUGAGAAAGAACCUCCACCUAGAGCUAAAGUUAAACGAGGUAUUUUCUCAAGAAUAUCUGAAUCUUUUGAAGGAAGGAAAAGUACCCAUCGGGAUUGUGAAGAAUUUUUUCAAAAAGAGAGAGAUUGGAUAACUAAAUAUAGUGUACAAAUCAAAGAAACCAGUGAGGCCUUCAAUUCCAUUGUAUAUUCCCAGCAAAGACUGUGUGGUGUGCUUGGCCAUUUAGCUACUGCUUUAACACUCAGUCAAGGUUCUGCCCAAAAUAUGGCUAAACUGGGUUCAAGACUAUGUAGUUUAUUUUCUGAAGCAUUGGAAGAUUCUAGACAUGGCUUGCAAGUUCUUUCCUAUAAUGAUGAAAAUUCAUUAGGAGCAUACCUUUCACUUUAUACUAGAUAUAUUGAGGCUGAAAGAGAAAUGUUAUUGCAGCGAACCUGUUUGCUUGUUGAGUAUGAAAAUGCCAAUAAAGCAUUAGACAAAGCAAAGCCUCAGAAAAAACAAGCUGCUGAAGAUGCUAAACUAGCUGCUGAAAAAGCAUUUGAAGAUUGUUCUGAUGUUGCUAGGCAAGAAAUUAAAAAAUUUCACCGACAAAGGGUCAAAAUGUUUCAAGAAAGCUUGGAAAAAUUUGCUGAAGCCCAACUAAGAAAUGCAAGAGACGUGACAGCAAUGCUAGCAAAAUCUUUAACAAAAAUUAAGCAAUUUGAAUUAACAGAAGAAUAAACUGUCUGAACAAGAGAAGUGAAAAGCAGCUUGCAGGAGAUGCAUUACAUGUGAUUGCUGGAAAGAAAACGUUACUUAGUACAUUCCGACGCUAGAUAAGAUCGAUUUUAAUUAGACAAUAUAUUGUAAUUGUAUAUAAUUGUAUGUUUGUAUUAUAAUUCAACAAUUAAAACUAUUGUUUUUCAA